AGUGCGAGAGCUUCCAUCAUCCUUUGUCUCAGCUACAAACUGAGCGGAGUAUUCUAAGAUAAUCUAAGAAUUCUGCCGCAUGGUAUUGCAAUACAGCUUAAAGCGUUCUCUCCCCUUCCACUGAAGGACAUUACAACACCAGCGUAUAGGUCACCAUGAGCCAGAGCAACAGUUCGUUUGGCCGCAUGUCAUUCCCUACGUCACUCGGUGACGAUGAGUUGAUUGAGUACCUUAACCGCCUCGAGCAGGAGGAGUCCCAGUUAGGUAUACAGUUAGAUCUCCAUGGAGCGAAUCACCGAGAUCCCUCGGCGGUUAAAGUUGAGGAUAACCUACACCGUCUGCCCCGAAAAAUCCAUAACCCUUUACCGGGAGAAGCUAACGAAGGUGUUUCCAGAGACACUAUAGAGUCUUUACAAGGUACAGGAGUGCCUGGAAACAUCUCCCAAGGUACACAUACGCUGUCUGCCACUGAUGCCGACGGAGACGGGUUCCAAGGAAUCGACAUCCUUCCUCCCUCCAGCCCCAUGGAGGUAUCCAUCUCGGCCCUGGCCCGAGAAUCAGUGAUAAGAGCCUCGCCGUUGCACCAAGUGGCUAGUAAUGACAGCUCUCAGUUGAAUCGACUUCGGCAUGCCAACGCCAACCCUAUCAAGCCCAACGAGCCGAAAUUCGGUGAUUACCGAUCCUACUUUACAGAUAAGCACCUAGCACAGCAACAGCAAGACAAGGACUAUCUUGAAUGGGAGCAGCAGCGGUAUCUAGGUGGUUCGGAGGUGCCGAAGGAGUUCCCUCCUCUCUUCAAGGACUGCGUGGUGUACGUCAAUGGGUAUACGAAGCCAGGUAUUGCCGAGAUCCAUCGGCUUGUGAUCUUGUACGGAGGUAAGUUUCGCCACUAUCUUGGCUCCAAGGGUGCUCCGACACAUAUCAUUGCCAGUCGCCUUACCCCGCGGAAGAUGAUCGAAUUCCAGCGGUACAAGGUGGUGCGGCCGGAGUGGAUCACCGAAAGUAUCGAGAAGGGCGUGUUGCAGUUCUGGAAGCAAUACACGGUAAUCAAUAUUGAGUAUGGCCAGCAGCAAAUUGGGUUCACCAGACAGGCGAACGAAAGUCUGAACGAGGCUAACCCAUUUAUCGGUGAGGAGGUGCAUGAGAUGAGUACGAAUCCCAGGCUCUCGGAUAUCUGCCAAAGUUCCCUCAAGGACAGAACGCCAGCAGUCAACCACGAGGAAUCCCUUUCGGGUAAACCCCAGGAGGUUCAAUUGGUCGAUGAGUGGAGGGGCAAUAGCAGAACAGAGCUGACACUCAAGUCUUUCAACGUUGAAACCCUCCAUCUCUCAAAAGAAGUUUUACCCGAGAAGGAGUCUGACACCAAUAAGAACAUCCUCAAAACGGAUGGCUCCCCUUCCUUGAAAGAUGUCGCUGAGAUGGAGCCAUCCCACUUACAAAUCAUGGAUGACGAGCUUGAGCUUUCACCGCUCACCCGACCACCUGCGUUCCAGCUCCAGGAAGACAGAAUCACGUCUGAACAUGUCAUGGACGCCAAGCAUCCAGAAUUUCUCAAACACUACUUUGCCAACUCCCGGUUGCAUCACUUGAGCACGUGGAGGGCCGACUUGCGCGCGAAAUUCAUCGAGAAAGUGCUCAAUUUUUCGCGGAGUAUACCACCGGCAAAGACCGCCUCGAAAGUGAUCCUCCACAUUGACUUUGACUGUUUCUUUGCGGCCGUUUCUGCCCUUGGUCAGCCCCAGCUCCUUCGGAGCGACCCAGUCUGUGUAACCCACGGGGGCCAGACCUCGGAUGUUGCGAGCUGCAACUACGCGGCACGCGAGUUUGGGGUGAAGAAUGGUAUGUGGUUGAAGCGGGCCCAGGUGUUGUGUCCCAAUAUUGUGGCACUCGACUAUGAUUUUCCCAACUACGAACGGGUGUCAGGAGUGCUAUAUGACAUUUUGUUAUCCCUCGGGGCUCGGUCAGUGUUUCCAGUGUCGGUUGACGAAGCUCUCGUGGAUGCCAGCAAUCUUGUCACGAGUGAUCCCGUAGUGCUGAUGGCAGAUGCUACUGCGAAGCUAGCCCAAACAAUCCGUGAUCGGGUGUUUACCGAAACUGGAUGCCACGUGAGCGUAGGUGCCGCCUCCAACGUCUUGCUUGCCAAGCUCUGUCUCCGCCGGGCCAAACCAGCGGGGCAGUUUGUACUUCUCCCCGAUGCGGACGGCGUAGAGGAAUUUCUAAGCGAAGUUGAUGUUGGUCAGCUCCCUGGGAUCGGGUCUAAGAUCACCCAGAAGCUAACUGUAAUGUUGAGAACGGAUAAGUGCUCGCUUGGGGAGCUUCGUCGAGUCACUAGGGAAAGGCUUACGGCGACGUUUGGGAUCAAAACCGGGACAAAGCUCUUUGAAUAUGCGCGCGGCAUCGAUGCCACUUCAAUCGAUAUAGCGGAGAACCCUGAGGAAUAUACCCGGAAAAGUGUGAGUGUGGAUGUCAACUACGGGAUCCGGUUCGACGCAAUACAGGAAGUGGACGUAUUUAUGGCCCGACUCGCCCAAGAGAUGCACGAAAGGCUUGCAAAGCUCCAUCUAGCAGGCCACCAUCUCACGUUGCGGUUGGCCCAACGGGCCAAGGAUGCGCCAGUAACCACCCCAAAGUUUCUCGGUCUCGGGAAAUGCGAGUUUAUCUCCAAACUGUCCAAGCUCGGGGUCCCUACAAACGAGCCAGGGAUUCUAUCUGCUGAAUGUAAGGCCUUGUAUCGUAUGAUUGGGAUCUCUACCGUUGACCUUCGGGGCGUUGCGGUCACCAUCACCAGACUUGUGGAUAGUAGGGGGAUGAUAAAGGAUAACCAGUCCAAGCUUGUUUUUGACAAGACAAACACCACCAUGGGUAAACCAGAUCUCCAUUUUGCGAAGAAUCGGGCCCUAGUUGUACCCCCAGACCGGUCUUCCGGCAAAGCUCUCCGCACUGACGACCAAACACAGUAUCAGAUCCCCAGUGAGAUUGAUUCGUCCGUGCUUGAGGAGCUCCCGUCGUCCAUCAGACGUAGCAUCCUCGCGGCUACAUCAAAUACAAAUGCCCCUUCAAUCGAUUACGGAAUCGAUUGGAGUGUCUACGAGGCCCUUCCCCCCGAAAUCAAACUCGAACUAGACGGUGAGUUAGAGUGUCAUGGGCUCCGCAGACUGUCUCCCCACACACAAUACGACUCCCCCAGUGAGUCAGACUACCGACAGGUUCUUCCAAACAUUUCUGAGGCACAGCCACCAGUGAUACAUGUGGAACCACCCGUAAAUUCGGCCUUGCCUCGGAAACGUAAACGAAUAACCCGAGAUUUUCCGGUUCAAAAGGUCCGGACUGAGGGUCUUACUCCGGAAAUGGAUGAAGAUGUGUUUAACGAACUUCCAUCGUUCAUCAGGGAAGAAAUUCUUCGAGACGUGGCGGAAGCCCGUAAGUUACGCAGCCGUCGCGACGUGGUGAUGGAAGCUAAUCUGCCAAAGUUGGUAGUGCAAUCCUCUGACUAUAUUUCGCUUCAAGCUCCGCCCACGUUCCAGAAUCUCAGCUGCACUGCUGAGAUAGGAGCCUUGCUAACUUCCUGGAUCUCUGACACGGUCGGACAGCUUAUUUUUCCGCAUGUAAAGGACAUGGAGAUCUUUUUGCAGUACUUUCGGAAACUUCUCCAACAGCGGAAGCUCACUCGGUGCUUGAACCUUUACCUGUUGGUGAAGGAGAACGUGAAUGCACUCCAGAGGUUUGGUGGUUCCUGUGAGCAAGCAGAACAGACAAUCAUCCUCGAAUGGCAAGGGUGUGUGCUGCAGUUAAAGCUGCUAUUGGAUGCAUAUUGUAGGCCAAGGGGUCUUUCGUACUAGCCAGGAAUAUGCUAAUUGUGUUGUAAUACUUUAUAGUAUUGAGACAGAAAUAUACACGUAGUCUGUUUUGC